UUUGUUGUUUCCUCAUGCGUUAACAAACAACUUAAAUAAAUGGUUCCCCAACGUAUGCAAUACACCUCUCUCUUCUUCUCAUCACAAUGGCAGCUACAUCACUUGUCUAUGCUAACCCAAGAAGGCUUGAAGGUAAGGUUGCAAUUAUUACCGGUGGAGCUAGCGGAAUUGGGGAGAGCACAGUUAGACUGUUCAUCCACCAUGGUGCCAAAGUCCUGAUUGCAGACAUUCAAGACGAGCUCGGCAACUCCCUCUGCCAAGAACUUGAUUCCCCAGAAUCAAUAACAUAUGUCCAUUGCGACGUCACAUCCGACACAGAUGUCAAGAACAUCGUCGAUCUCGCCAUCUCCAGGUACGGAAAGUUGGACAUAAUGUUCUGUAACGCCGGGAUCUCUGGCAUAUUAGAAUCAAGAAUUAUAGCCACAGAUAACGAAGAUUUCAAGAGGGUUUUGGAUGUCAACUUAUUUGGUGCUUUUCUGGGCGCAAAACAUGCUGCGAGAGUAAUGAUUCCGGCCAAGAAAGGAUCAAUCGUCUUCACAUCGAGUGCUGCUUCGGUCACUGCAACUGGUAUGCAUCACGCGUACACCGCAUCAAAACAUGCUGUGGUGGGGUUGGCUAAGAACUUAUGUGUGGAGCUGGGGAAGGAUGGGAUCAGGGUUAACUGUAUAUCUCCAUUUGCGGUAGCGACUCCGAUCAUGAGUGCGUUUAUUGGGAUGAUGGGGAAGGAGAAGUAUGAGAAGAUGAUUUCUUCUGCGGCGAAUUUGAAAGGUGUGACUUUGGAAGCAGGGGAUAUUGCAGAGGCGGCAUUGUAUCUGGCGAGCGACGAAUCCAAGUAUGUGAGUGGAAUUAACCUGGUGAUUGAUGGAGGUUAUAGUACCACCAACCGUUCCUUCCAUAAUGAAGUAAGCAAUUUGUCGUCUUGAUUUUUUUUUUUAGUUAUGAUAUGGAUCUUCGCAGUUGGUAUCUAAAUUAUCUCAAGUGUUGAGUUGUA